AAGAUUAAUGGUUAUGUCCUUUUACUGGUGGGAAGUGGAAAUGUUAGAUCCACUUUGCCUUGUUCAAAAUGAUUACUGAGGUGAAAGGUCCACGAUAUUAGCACUGAAUGUAACAAUAGAUGAUUAAAACACCAAUGCAUCAAUUUCAUUAAAUAUAUAAUAUAUACACUCGAUAAUAAUAUUCCUUCUAAAUUUAGUACUACAACCUCAACCUUAGAUUAAUUAUUCAGUUUUUUAUUCUAUGCUUCAACUGCAGUCUACAAUAGUACUGUACCACUAUCCGCUGCUGUAUCUGCUUAAACUCUAGUCAUUCCAUUAACAAAUAACGACCAACCUUGUUGUGUUUGUGCGUUUAUUAAUAUUGCUUACUGAAACAGUACAAUGGAAUAUAAAUACAAUACAAAUUCUGAUUAUAAAUAUUCUGUGUCAGAUUUAAUGUUAACAAUAGAACAACGUGAUUUUUACGAAAUAAAUGGAUAUUUAGUAAUUCCUAAACUAAUACCUGAUUAUUUGUUAGACAGAUGCUGCAACCGAUUUGUAGACCUAUGUCAUGGAAAAGUUUCAAGGGAUGGAAUAACUAUGAUGAAAGAUAUAUCCCGCAUGAAAACCAGUGAUCAAGGUGAAUACUUAUAUGGUAAAGCACAGGACAUUCUUUGGGAUGAAGAAUUUUAUGAAUAUGCUAGAUACCCAAAGAUGUUGGACUAUAUAGAAAGCUUUAUUGGACCAAAUGUUAUGGCUAUGCAUUCAAUGUUUAUCAACAAACAACCAGAUAUUGGCACCAAUAGCUCUCGCCACCCAGUUCAUCAAGAUCUUCAUUAUUUUCCAUUUCGUCCUGCCAACUUGAUUGUAGCAUCCUGGACAGCUUGUGUUCCAGUCACAGUAGACAAUGGGUGUCUUUAUGUGUUACCAGGAACACAUACUGGGGAUUUAUAUCCUCAUAAUUAUCCAGAACCUAAAGAUGGAGAAAUAAAUAAAAUGUACCAUGAAAUGAAAACUAACAAUAAUCAUAAUAAUCAAAAAAAAGUGUUUUUGGAAAUGGAAAAAGGGGAUACAGUUUUUUUCCAUCCUCUAUUGAUUCAUGGUUCAGGAAUAAAUAAAACUCAAGGAUUUCGUAAAGCAAUUUCUGUUCAUUAUGCUUCAUCCAACUGUUGUUAUAUUGACGUAUCUGGUACAAUUCAAGAUAACAUAAAAAAUGAAGUAUUAGAUAUAUUGGCUAAAAGAGGAUUAAAAGACGUUGAUUACACAUUGGUCUGGAAAAAUCAUUGUCGACUUAUUCGCGGAGUCAGAGCAAAUUUGUAGUAGUAAAAUAAAUUCUAUUAUUAAAUUGAAAUAUUCAAAUAAGGUUGUGGAUUUUAUGUUAGUACAUGUUAUGUUUACAUAAACUAACUUCUAUUAUUAGUGGUAAUCAAUGGUGUAUUAAAGUAUAUGUGGAGAUAUAUGUAGUAUAGGUAAAAACAUUUAUAAAGAUAUGUGAACAAAUGAAAAAAAUAUCAAUUUUAUGAGUUUACAGUAAAUAGUGUUCUAUGACUA